AUGGUCCAGAGCGUUUCUGGACCAUCUACUCCAUCUAGUAGACCAUCUACUCCAUCUAGUAGACCAUCUACUCCAUCUAGUAGACCAUCUACUCCAUCUAGUAGACCAUCUACUCCAUCUAGCGAGGGUCUCAGGCUGGGCGAGGGGCCUCAGGCUGGGCGAGGGGGCCUCAGGCUGGGCGAGGGGGCCUCAGGCUGGGCGAGGGGCCUCAGACUGGGCGUGGGGCCUCAGGCUGGGCGAGGGGUCUCAGGCUGGGCGAGGGGUCUCAGGCUGGGCGAGGGGCCUCAGGCUGGGCAAGGGGCCUCAGGCUGGGCCAGGGGCCUCAGGCUGGGCGAGGGGCCUCAGGCUGGGCGAGGGGCCUCAGGCUGGGCGAGGGGCCUCAGGCUGGGCGAGGGGCCUCAGGCUGGGCCAGGGGCCUCAGGCUGGGCGUGGGGCCUCAGGCUGGGCGAGGGGCCUCAGGCUGGGCGAGGGGCCUCAGGCUGGGCGAGGGGCCUCAGGCUGGGCGAGGGGCCUCAGGCUGGGCGAGGGGCCUCAGGCUGGGCGAGGGGCCUCAGGCUGGGCGAGGGGCCUCAGGCUGGGCGAGGGGCCUCAGGCUGGGCGAGGGGCCUCAGGCUGGGCGAGGGGCCUCAGGCUGGGCGAGGGGCCUCAGGCUGGGCGAGGGGCCUCAGACUGGGCGAGGGUCUCAGGCUGGGCGAGGGGCCUCAGGCUGGGCAAGGGGCCUCAGGCUGGGCCAGGGGCCUCAGGCUGGGCGAGGGGCCUCAGGCUGGGCGAGGGGCCUCAGGCUGGGCGAGGGGCCUCAGGCUGGGCGAGGGGCCUCAGGCUGGGCCAGGGGCCUCAGGCUGGGCGUGGGGCCUCAGGCUGGGCGAGGGGCCUCAGGCUGGGCGAGGGGCCUCAGGCUGGGCGAGGGGCCUCAGGCUGGGCGAGGGGCCUCAGGCUGGGCGAGGGGCCUCAGGCUGGGCGAGGGGGCCUCAGGCUGGGCGAGGGGGCCUCAGGCUGGGCGAGGGGGCCUCAGGCUGGGCGAGGGGGGGCCUCAGGCUGGGCGAGGGGGCCUCAGGCUGGGCGAGGGGGCCUCAGGCUGGGCGAGGGGGCCUCAGGCUGGGCGAGGGGGCCUCAGGCUGGGCGAGGGGCCUUUGGCUGACGGAGAAGUUCCCUGGUCAACGACAGGUUAAGGCGUCCCCGUGUACCGCCCAGAGCCGUGGCUGGCUGGCUGACUGA